GGAAGGCCGGGAGGCACGGAGGAGGAGCCGCCGAUGGAGGAAGGAGGGCAGGCCCUGGAAGAGAAGGCAGCGCUCGGCUUCCAGAGGGGCUUCCUAGCCGGGAAGCGCCUGGCCGAGCUCCCCUGGGAGAGUCUUGAAGAGGUCCUAAAAUAUUCAGGCGAUUCCUCUCCGUUUUUGGCUGUCCUGCAGAAGGUAAAUAUUUUUUUGAAGACUGUGUUUGAUCCACUCUGUUUGAAGUAUCCUCCAUCUGUUCAAUACAGAAGACGCUUCUUAUCCGAGCUGAUCAAAAAGCAUGAAUCUACAAGCAGUGAGCCUCUGGAUCAACUCUACGAAGCCCUAGGACUUGUCCUAAACACUGAAGAAACCACACACUGUUACAAGAACUACUUAUUGCCCUCAGGAGAUGCCAUCACGCUUCGCGAAAACGUGGCCAUUGUUUCACGGGGAACCACAGGCCUCGUCACCUGGGAUGCUGGCCUCUACCUGGCCGAAUGGGCUCUGGAGAAUUCAGAGGUCUUCAGAAACAGAAGAAUUCUGGAACUGGGGAGCGGAAUUGGAUUGACAGGAAUUGCCAUUUGCAAGGUUUGCCAUCCGAGAGAGUACAUCUUCAGCGAUCACCACAAGGGUGUCCUUCAACAGCUAUCCGAGAACCUCCAGCUGAAUGGUUUGACUUUGGAGGCUGAAUCUUGCAGCCACCGUAGAGAAGGAAGGCCAAACCAUCAGGGCCAUCUUGAUGUUGACCUGGAAGAUGACCAUGUCCGCAUAUCCGUAAAAGAACUGGACUGGAAUCUAGUGUCCAAAGACGAGCUUGCGAAAUUGCAAGUUGACGUCAUUCUUGCUGCAGAUGUGGUAUACGAUCCGGAGAUAAGCCAGCACUUGAUUGGUGUCCUGCAAAGAUUUCCCAGGGAUGGCGGAAACAGAGCAACGCCUGAAGUUUACAUUGCCUUCAAUAUCCGAAAUCCCGAUACGUAUCACGACUUCCAAAUGCAACUUGAUAAAGUGGAGAUUGGACAGGAAACGGUAGCCACCUCUUGGAAGAAUCUUUUUCCAUAUGACCAGCAUGCUAAUAUAGUAAUUUUAAGGCUGUAUGUUUAAGGAUUUCCCCCCAAACUCUUGGCUGGAAAGCUUUUUCCAAAUAUUACGAUUGGAAAUAACUGGUUUCACACUCAAUGUCUACUCCGUCUGUCUGGAAGCGUCAAAAUACCUCUCACAGCUACGUUAAAAGACUUCUUGUGUUAUAACCAAGAGUAUUUCUCUCCAUCUUAUCAUCUUUAAGAUGAAUGAAUAUCAACUGACAGAAUUCCCAUUUCUGAGUCUUAUCAACUUUAAGGUGACUCCCAGAAUACGCUUGGGGAAUGGAAAUGGAAGUCCACGUUGCCAACUUUGAGAAACAACGUUGACCUAUAAGAUACUUUAACUAAACUUUUACGUAUCGUUUACGGAUUUAAAGUUACCCUGUUGCAAUCUCAAGAGCAUACUUACUAUCCUGUUCAUAUACUUAUGUGAACUAUGGAACCCAAAAGCUGCUGUUUUUGUAUAAUAAACAUGAGGUUACAUGUGUUUUGAU